AUGACCAUGCGGUGGUCCUUUGGGUGGCAGGCGGUGGUGGUCACCUUUCUGUACAUGGGAUCUCUGAUUACUCCGGUGACAUCCCAGCCGCAGACUAACCUACUACUUAGAUCAUGCAGCCUGCUGAACACUACCAACACAAGGAGCUUCUUUAAUAACCUCAACCAGACCUUUACGGAGGUCAGAAGGCAGUUAUCCACCGAUGACACGUUCUUUGCAACCGGCGAGCAGGCUCGCAGCUCCGAGCCGGUUUAUGUGAUGGCACAGUGCAGACGUUAUAUGACAACGGCUGACUGUCUGGCUUGUUAUGAUUAUGCAACUUUAGCCAUACGGGCUUGUGCAGCUGCUGAUGGUGCUCGAGCUGUUCUUGAUGGCUGCUUUCUGAGGUAUGAGACCACAGAUUUCUACGAUGAGGCGACACAGCCAGGCAACGUGGGCUUGUGUGGAAACCGUACCGCAACUAGACCAACACGUUUCCAAACAGCGGUAGACGGACUAUUAUCAAAUCUUACAAUCGCCACACCUAGAAUCAAGGAUCUGUUUGCAGCCUCAUCCAGUAAUAUCAGUGGUAGCAAUAGAAGCGUCUAUGCUAUAGCACAAUGUGUGCCAACAUUGGCACACAAUGGUUGCAAAGAUUGCUUAAGGGUGGCAUAUUCCAACAUAAGGAAUUGCUUACCUAGUAUUGUUGAUGCAAGGGCACUUGACACAGGAUGUUUUAUGAGGUACUCAAAUACACCAUUUUUCACCAACAAUGAAACAACUAUCAUUACACCUUUUCUACGGGAAGGUUCGAGCAAAAAGGGAGCCAUUAUCGGUGGAGUUGUUGGUGGUGUCGGGUUACUUAGUACUAUCGUUCUUGUGGCUAUACUUAUGUGGUAUUGUCGAUCAAAGAGGAAAACCACACCAAGAGGUAACUCACAUGGGCCAAAUGAUCAACUGCAAGAUCCAGUGAAGUAUAGUUACAGUGAUCUCAGGAAGGCAACAAAGAACUUUUGCGAUGAUCAUAAACUUGGAGAAGGAGGAUUUGGAGGUGUAUACAAGGGUACAAUAAAUAACGGAAAUGUGGUAGCCGUGAAGAAACUACUUGUUAGUAGUGCAAAGGCGGACUUCGAGAGAGAAGUUCGAGUCAUUAGUAAUGUCCAUCAUCGCAACCUUAUACGCCUUCUUGGAUGCUGUAGUGAGGGACCAGAGUUGCUUCUAGUCCUUGAGUACAUGGAAAAUGGAAGCCUUGUAAAGUUCUUAUACGGUGAAAGAAAGGGGACACUUACAUGGAAACAACGUUGUAACAUCAUUUUCGGCAUAGCCAAGGGUCUUGCUUAUCUCCACGAACAAUACCAUGUGACGAUCAUCCAUAGGGAUAUAAAUCCCAGCAACAUUUUGCUAGACGACGAUUUUCAGCCAAAAAUUGCAGAUUUUGGACUUGCAAAGCUUCUACCAGAGGAUCAGACCCAUAUUAGCACUAGAUUUGCUGGCACCCUUGGCUAUACAGCACCAGAAUAUGCAAUUCACGGGCAGUUGUCUGAGAAAGCCGACACCUACAGCUUCGGCAUCGUGGUACUUGAAAUUAUCAGUGGCAAGAGGUGUACUGAUGUCUUGGACAUGUCCCCUCCAGAUCAAUACCUUCUUGAACAUGCUUUGAACGUGUACGAGAAUCAUAUGCCCUUACAACUUAUUGAUGAAACACUUGAUCCGAACGAGUAUACAGAACAAGAAGUGAAGAAAAUGAUAGAAAUAGCAUUGACGUGCACUCAGUCGCCAGCUGAGAGGCCAACAAUGUCUGAAGUGUUGGUGCUUCUAAAUGAUCGAUCACGAGAGCAAAAACCACCGAGUAGACUGCAAUUUGAUGUUCCAAACAUAAAUAUUCAGGUUGAUCAAGAUAUUGCUUCAAGCACGAGCAAUGCCGAUGUGUCGUUGACAGAAUUGACAGGUCGUUAA